AUGCCGCUUCUUGAACAAAGCCCGCUCAACUGCACCUACAACCCCGACGAUGUCGUCGCGGGCCUCAUGCAGUACUACUCGAUCCUUACGCGCAUGGCUUAUAUCCCGGCAUCAUAUGUCGACUUCCCCCCUCCUGGUGGCUGGACUGAUGCCGAACUUGACGUGGGAGCUCUGCAUGCUCUGCGGCGCUCCGAGACGGUCAUCAAUUUGCUGCGCCAUCUCCCUUACCCUAGGCCCAUGCACGACGGACCGCGUCCGGGGCCCUGGGACGUCGCACCAGGGUCGAAAGCUGUGCGCUACCUUCGCCAUAUGGGCAGCUUUAGCCAGUGGUCCGAUCGCGGGGACGCAGGCCUUCACGAACUGGCAGCUCUUCCCAUGGGCGAUACGCCUGCUGCGCCGAUGGAUCUGCCACCUGACGUUGUCUGCCUUACGUUUGGCGAGCGCCAGACGCGCAACGACGCCAGACCGUACUGGUGGAUUGUCGACUGCAGCAGAGGCAUCAUGACGCCAUUCAAGGAGAGCACUUAUGGCAUCGCCAAGGUCCCGCGCAACAAGCCCUGGAGGACUGUUCAAUCAUACCCCGUCUCAGAUUUCUUCGCCCAACUCGUGCCGGACUUGGGUCAGAACCUUUUGCCAGUGCCGCCCACCGAGGACCUCGACGCCGAGGUGCUUGGUCCCUCUUCGGGCAGCCUUGGCCGCGAAGUGGCCCAGAUUUACAUGACGCACGGAUGGCCGAACGCGGACUUUCGCCACGACGAGUGCAUAGCCGCCCUGCAGGCUUGGCGUCGCCAAGUGCAGGAACGAGAACGCCAGAAGAUCGCGCAGGACGUGGACGACGCCGAUGAUGAAGACUUUGAGAUGGAUGAUAGCGACGACGGCGACGACGACGACGACAACGGCAUGGGCCAAGGGGGAGCAGACGAGCUUCUUGCCGAGGCUGUGGCGGAUAUGGAGGUGGAUGAUCUGAGCGCCGAGGCUGCUGCUCUAAGGGCUGACAUGAGCCCGGAGGAACGCCGUAGGUUCGACCGAAGAGAGAACCAACUACCGCCCUUUGAAUGGAUUGAUUCCGAAUGA